AUGGCCCCGGUGUCACUCGACAUGAACGCGGCUGGGCUCCAAGUGCGCUGCGAGGGCGACGUGGAGCGGGGUCCAUUACCCUUCAGCGUCGAGUCGCUGCUGGAGUCUGAGUGCGGGUCAGACUCCCACCCUGGGAAGCCAGGGGAGGAAAGGGCCCAGAAUACCGCAGAACCCGGAGCCUGGCUCCCACCGGUAGCGCGCGCGUGUCUUCCACGUGCCCCCAGCCCUCCACCCUGCACCCUCCGAAAACACAAGAACAACCGCAAGCCGCGGACGCCCUUCACCACCGCGCAGCUGCUGGCGCUGGAGCGCAAAUUCCAUCAGAAGCAGUACUUGUCCAUCGCUGAGCGUGCCGAGUUCUCCAGCAGCCUGAGCCUUACGGAGACGCAGGUCAAGAUCUGGUUUCAGAACCGACGGGCCAAGGCCAAGAGGCUGCAGGAGGCCGAGCUGGAGAAGCUGAAACUGGAGGCUAAGCCGCUGCUGCCGGCGUUCGCCCUGCCCUUCCCCCUGAGCGCCCCGCUGCACGGCUCGGCGGCCGCGUUCGGCGGGACUGCAGUGCCGGGGCUCCUCGCGGGGCCGGUGGCCGCCUACGGCAUGUACUACCUGUCUUAG